AACUCUCAGUUCGUUGUGAAAAAAAAACAGUUGUAAAAUUAUACAAUCGGGCGGGCGUAAAUAAGAGCUGUAGCCAUGUUGACGCGCUUGACCAGCAGCGGCACAACAACAGUGGCACCUGGCUCGCCCAAGGGCCUGCAGCGUUUCCAGAACUAUAUCGCUGCUUUUCUAUGGCCUGGAGUUUCACGACAACAACGCAAAGCGUCCACUCAGCUGGACGCGAUGGAUAGUUUCACCAAUGAGCUGGUCAGCCGUAAGACACAACAGUGGGAGGAUCUACAUGGCACUUUGCUGAAACAGCCUAAUGCUGAGGCAGGUACCACUACCAAAAAUGGCAAUAGCUUUGGUCAGAGUGUGGGCCUCAUGUCCAAGGGCAUGGUGAGUGAUCUAAAGGCAAUGCGUUCGCCUCAGCUGGGCUUGGAUAUACGCUCAUUGUCGCAGCCACAGUUAGACAACCUGCUGUUGGCGACGCUGGAAAUCAAGAACAAAGUGGAUUUUCUAUAUUUGAUACGGCAAUGUGUGCGCUGGCGGCAAUUGCCAUCCAAUGAUGUAUUCAUCUCUUGCCUCAAGUAUUUGAGCACUAUGGGUCGCGUGCAGCAGUUGGAAUCACUGGCGGAAGUUUGUCGACAAGUGGAGCACCCAUUUGCCAGCACAUACUCGGAUUUGGCACCGUUUAAAGCAAUUGCAUUAUGGCACAAUGGUAACUCGGAUGUGGCUUUAAUGACGCUGCACCGUGGAUACAACGUUAGUGUUAAUACUGACGAAGGAAGACGCAUGAUACGUGCCGCAUUUCGCACAAUUAUCGAUGAGACACUGGAACAGAAAAGCGAAGCAGUACUAGUCUCGCUCAUGGAAGUAGCGCGUGCCAUACAUAUCGAGAGUAAUGACAUAUUUGUUUUGGCUUGUGUAUGGAAGCAAUGCUUUGCCAGCGAUUGGUUCUGCGACCAAAAGUCCGCUGGAGAUCUAUUCGAGCACUACAAGGAGUUGCAACAGCUGGUUGAGCGCAGAGCAUCUCCAUUGUGCUCCUCCUUUCUUAGCCAUCACAAUGUGGACGCUGUUCAUCGGCUGAUUGAAGUGUUCCUGCAUCACAAGCAACGCGAGGCCUGCUCCAGUUGUCUGCGCUUGUUGUUCAAUUACCAAUAUUUGCGCAAGGAUCUGCGUGCUUGUGCUGAAAUUGUCAAGUCCUGCAGUGAGCUGGAUAUGCCACUAAAUGAGCUGCAAAACGAACAGUUCCUUAGUCUGUUCCUUGAUCAAACAGAUCCUUUGGAGCCUACCGCUGGAACUGGAAAUAACAACACCUCGCAGUACAAGACCAAAUCGUUCCAGUACAAAUUUUAAGGAAGGUCUUUCGUCUAGUUCCAUGUAGCCGUUGUCUUUAUAGAAAUAGAUUCACAAAAUUCUUAAUCGUUACACUUUAAUCAAACAAAUAAAUGUUGUAAUUAAAACCGUU